AUGAAAGAACACUGUGAGCGAUGGGCACAUCAUCCCAUCUCCUUGGCUGUCGGAACUACGGAAGGUCUUGAAGCCAUCUACAAUAUACUGUCAAAGUUAGGUUGUAACACAGAAUUGAUCACGGUCAGCCUUGACCGAGACUUCGAUGUGAAUGCAAGCUAUCCGGUGAACAAGCUUCGCAACCUCGCUAUGUCGCAAGUCAAAACAAGCCACGCAGUCUUCAUAGACGCUGAUUUCGUUCUCUCCGCUGGACUUUUUGAAACGCUAUACCUUCAUCGCGCACUUUUAGCUGCUGACGAAAGGAACGCAAUAGUGAUUCCAGCAUUUGAACUUCGAAAGGUUUGCGAAACGACGAGCUACGAAUGCCUGACGACUCAUUUGGCUAUGCUUCCGCGCGACAAGGAGGAACUGCUGCACCUGCACAAGAAGUCAAUCGAAAGUAACGGUGGUCGAUCCGCCAUUCUUCAGUUCAAUGGACUCAGUAAUAUACACGGUCAUGCAAGUACUCGUUACAACGAUUGGGUGACGCAACCUGCCGAACAGCUUUUACCAAUAGAGUGCGUGACCUCGGAUCGCUACGAACCCUAUCUUGUCGUCCGACAAUGUAGAAAUUUGCCUCCGUUUCAAGAAGCCUUUGCCGGUUACGGCCAAAACAAGAUCACGUGGGUGAUGCAAGUCCGCCGGACAGGCUACAAGUUCUUUCAGAUUGGAGAAGCUUUUCUGAUUCAUUUACCACAUGAGAAAUCCGCAGCUUCCUUACAGUGGAGUAAGUCUCGUCGAAAGGCGCCAGAUUUGUUGCCGGUGAAGCAAAUUGCCGACGCUUUUCAUGAAUGGAUGGCAGUCAAUAUUCCUGAUGCAUCCCAGAUCCCCCAUUGUUCGUAA